AUGUUAAAUUCAUCUUUUGCUGCUGUGUCUGCAGAGGAAACAAAGAAGUCCAUGUCUCUGGGGGGCCCCCAAGUGCAGCAAGUGUUUCUUCAGCAGCAGCAGCGCCUGCAGCAAGAGCAGCAGCAGCAGACGCAGCAGCAGGAACUGCAGCAGCAGCAGCAGCAGAAGCAUCCGCCGCUGCUGCAGCUGCCGCCCCAUCUGCGCUCUUCAGGCGCUGCAGUGGACGCCGUCUGCGAGGAAAAUGAGCAGCUACAGCAGCAGCUGCAGCACGAGGGGCAGCAGCAAAUGCAGCACGAGGGGCAGCAGCAACUGCAGCAAGCACUGCAGCAGCACGCCCAGCAGCAGCAGACGCAACCGCUGCAAGAUGUGAGCGUCGAGCCGCAGUCGCAGCAGCAGCAGCAGCAGAAGACUCAAGAGCUGCAGCCAGUUCUGCAGCAGCAGCUGCAGCAAAAUGCGCUGCAGCAGCAACAAUGGCAACAGCAGCAGCACCUGCCUGCGCAGCAGCAACUGCAGAAGCUGCAUCAGCAGCUGCCGCUGCGCCCACAUCCUAUGCAGCAGCAGCAGCAGCAGCAGCAGGACAGUUUCCACCAACAGCAAGUCCUGGCAUCUCUGGCUCAGUUGCAGCAGCAGCAGCUGCAGCAAGCAGAGCCACCUCUAAUGGAGCAGCAGCAAAGCCUGUACCAGCAGCAGCAGCAGCAGCAGCAGCGCCUCCUCCAGCAGCAGCAACAGCGAAGUCAGACACGCCAUAUGUGGCAGCAGAGUGCGCAGCCUCAGACUCUGGUGCAGCAGGAACUGCUGCAGCAUCAGCAGCAGCAAUCUUUGCAGAAUGCGCAGCUUCUGCGGCUGCAGCAGCAAACGCUGCAGCAGCAAAACCAGCUGCAGCAGGGGCACCAGCCUCAGCAGCAGCAGAUGCUGCAGCAGACGCUGCCUGGCCCAGCACCUCAAGCAGCACGCGAGAAAACGCAGCAACAGCAAUUUCAGCAGCAAGAGCAGCAAAUGCAGCAGCAGCAGCAGCAACAAGAGCAGCAGCAGCAACCGCAACGGUUUGAGGUGCCACAGCGACUGCUGCAGAUGCGAAGAAGCUUCCUUUCCCUGCAGCAGCAGCAGCAGCAGCAGCAACAAAGGGAGGAACAGCCGCGGGAAGAUCAAGAGCAAAGGCUGCUACUACUGCAGCAGCAGCAACAACAGCAGCAGCAACAACAACAGCAACAGCGAGAACAGCGGCAGCAGCAGCAACAGCAGCAGCAACCAGGUCCCGCUGUUCAUCAAGUGCAGCAUGAGAGACCUGCUCUUCUGAGUCAGAGCUCUCUGUCGUGGUCAGAGCUUCUGAAGCAGCAGCAGCAGCAGCAGCAGCAGCAGCAACUGCAGCAAGGGCACAUUCAUUCGCGGCAGCAGCAGCAGCAUCCCGCGCUGCAGCAGCUGCAGCAAGGGCAGCAGCUUCAUUGGCAUCAACAACGGCAGCACCCCCAGCUGCUGCAGCAGCAGCAAGGACAGCAAAAUAUGGCAGGCAGUUUGAAGAGCCAGCAACUGCAGCAGCAGCUUGCACAGCAGCAGCAGCAGCUUGCACAGCAGCAGCAGCAGCUUGCACAGCAGCAGCAGCAGCUUCACCAGGUACCCCAGCGACUGCAGCAGGGCGACACACUGCAGCAGCAGCUGCAGCAGCAGCAGCAGCAGCUGCUGCAGCAGCAGCAGCAGCAGCAAAAGGCAGAUUUGUCCUCAGCUUCUUGUUCCUUUUGUGCUUUGCUGCUGCAAACUUAUGGCGAAGCUGUGCGGCAGUACAAACGCGAAAUUCUGAAACUUGAAAAGCAGCUUUAUGAGUGGGUGCUUGAAGAGAGAACACUGGUGGCGACUCACCAAGGGGAAAAUUUGAGGCUGAAGCAGCUGCUGCAGCGCGUAGAGGAUGUGGCACACAAACUGCAGGACUGCGAUGAAAAGCAGAAGCUUCUGCUGCUGCUUUCGCAGUGCCGCGCCUCCCCACCGGGCCAGUCGCUCGCUUUUGUGCAGCAGCAGCAGCAGCAGCAGCAGCAGCAGCAGCAGCAGCAGCAGCACGUGUCAGAGCAGCAGCAACUGCAGUAG